AUGGAUGAUGACCCUAUACAUGAUGCACCAGUUAUGGACAAUAUUGCUAUGAAUGAUGACCCUACUAGUGAUUAUGCUGACAUUAUUGAUGAAGAUAUCCUUACUCAGCCAUUUCUGGUAGGGCCAACUGAUCCAUCAAUCCUUAAAAGUUUUAAAAGUCAUGUUGGCGCAGCUAUUUGGAAUGGUACUGAUGAAAUGGGGCCCUUGAAGUGUCAUAAUUACUCAUCUAAGAUUCGUUCGUGGCCGUGGUGGGAACAAGGCAACAAUGUUACAUUUGUAAACAUUGUGGAGAUGUCAGGACUUGCACACUUAGCUUGUUGUACAUACCACUUUGUCAACAAAAUUGUAGUGUCUAAUUUGGUUGAGAAAUGGCAACCGAAGACAAACACCUUCCAUUUGACUCUUAGAGAGAUGACUAUUACAUUGGACGAUGUCGCCAAUAUCCUAGGGCUUCCCAUUGUAGGCAAAUCUAUUAGCGUGUGUAAGUUGUCAAAAAGGCGGACUAUUGCAUUAGUAGUUAGUACCCCUGAAAUUGAUGAGCAAGAGGUCAGACAUGAGAUGUCUAGUGUUAGAGGCAAUUCAGUGAGGCUUGAGUGGUUGAGGGCACACUUUCAUAAUGUUGUAGACAAUGAUUUAAUGCAAAGAAUUACAUGUGCAGGUAGAGCAUACUUGCUAUUUUUAUUGGGUUGUACACUUUUCAGUGACAAGACUGGUACUAGGGUCCCCGUUGUUUAUUUGAGUUUGUUGUCUAAUUUGACGGCCGUAUCUUUACAUGCUUGGGGUGCUGCUGCAUUGGCAUACUUAUGCAAACAGUUAGGGUACACUAGCAAGUCUGGCAUGAAACAAAUAGUCGGUUACAUGACACUCAUUGAUGGAUGGAUUUAUGAGCACUUUCAUGACAUGCCACAUGUUUACCAUUGGAAUUCUCGGAGAGAGUCUGGUGAACAGACAUAG